AUGGCUGGGUUCUCUUUCGAUUCUUACACAGAGAUCGAUCGUGCUCAGGGAGUUUGGGUGUCCACUGGUGACAACAGCCGCGUGGGCAUAGAGGGGGUCAAGGUUGUGCUCCUGUCUCCUCGCUUCGUGCGCGACGCCUUCAGCGGCAUUCUGCGAGUUCGAAUCUUGAGUGGAGAAGGCCUGCGCAAUGUGGCCAUGGCUGGAGCUGUCGCAGUUUUCUUGCGCACAACCUCGGGUUCAUCAUCUGGUGGCCUGCGAGGUUUUCAGCGCAACCGGGUUAGACGGGGAGUUCUGAAUGGUCUAGCCCAGUGGCUGGAUGAGGACGACUCAGUGUAUCUCUACGUGCCCAAAGGUGCGUUUGCGGGGUCUGAGGGCGACGAGGUCGAGGAGAGCACAGAGGAUCCGUGCUUAUUUUUGGAGGUGCACAGGCGUAGCCUCCUGGACAACAGCAGCCUGAGCGUGGCAGGCCGCGCUUCCAUUCCAAUGUCCGACUGGUCGCCAUCGAAGCGGCUCAAGGAGCUCUGCGUGGAGCUGAAACCAGAUGAGAAGGAGGAGGGGGAGGUGGAUGUACAGGAAGACGGGGAAGAAAGACCGCCAUCCAGGCUUCGCCUCCAGUUGGAGUACGAUGCCUUCGAGUUGCCUGAGGAUCCUGCUGCUAGCACCGGCGCCGAUGAGCAGCUAGACGAUGUCACCCCGGAGGCGAGGGCAAGACGACAAAGGUUUGGAAGCAACGUGCCAGCAGAGAUACGCCUGCCCGACCUUCAGCGAAUGAGCGAGCAUGAGCUUCAGGCGGCUUUGCGGUGCCGCGGUUUGACCUGGCUCGGGGAAGGACGUGAAGCUCUUGAGAAGCGCCUGCAGACGUCCAUCGCAGCCGAGAAAGCCGUGUACGACUCCGGAAGUUGGUGGAGUACGGUUGAGAGCUUUCUUGGCACGGACCGUAAGGCGCAGCUGGAGGACGCCAUGGGCGUCGCCGCCACUGCAGCGGAGACCCUGUCAGGAGACUUCUUUGCUGCAAUGGGCGCGGGCAUCAUGUCUGGAGCUGGGGAGAUUGCUGGUUUCGACGAGCUGAUGAAGGGUGACUUUGCGGGGGCGAUGAAGAAGCGCAAAGACGUUUGGGAGGUAGCAAGCUCCGAAGAAGGACGUGCUGCAUUGAGACAGAAGGCAGAUGUGGCCAUGAAGCGGGCCAAGCAGCAGGCCAUGAUUCGACUGGCCCAGGGGAUGGAGCUGAUGUCGGUGCGCAAGGGAGCUUGGAAGAUGCUCGAGCAGGCUGUCAUGGAUGAAGGGGCCGCUGAUGGUACCUCUUUUGCUGACUAUGAGCAGUUGGCUUAUCUCGAAGCAGGCAGCACAAACACCGAGUGCUGGGUCUGGCGCCUUUUGGCCGCCAAGCGGAUAGUGGUCGCCUUUCGCGGCACCUGCGACUUUGGCGAUGUGUUGACCGAUAUCGCGGCGAUACCUCGAGUGAUCGGUGAUUUGGGCAAGGUGCAUGAAGGCUUUUCUCGAGCAUACGACUCCGUCCGUGAGGCACUACACGCGGUCUUGGAGAGAGGAUGUCUGGGAGAUGGCGAAGGAUGGGAGGUUGUUUUCACGGGGCAUUCGCUUGGUGGUGCGCUAGCAACCUUGGCAUCCUUGGAUAUAGCCCGCACCAUCCGUGGCCUGCCGGCAGAUUUUGGCAGCCCACAUGAAGUUGGGAAGAUCCGGCCAACUCCUCUAAGGGGCGCUGAGAUAAUUGCAUGCACAUUUGGUGCUCCGCGAGUUGGCAGUGCUCGUGUGGCUGCUGCUUACGAUGAAUUCGUUCCAAGGGCUUGGCGCAUCUUCAGUACCUCUGACGUGGUGCCUGCUGUGCCGCCGACGAGUCUCUGGGGUUUCCGCCAUGCCGGGAUUGGUGUGGAGCUGGAUCCGCAAAAAAGUGAGCUCAUCGUUCGAGGUCGCACAGCUGGGCUGAAGGAAGCCGCCUUGGAAGAGGCCCAGGCGGCCAAGGAAGAGCAGGUCGAGGAAGGUGGCUCCUCUUUGAUGCUGUCCUUCCAAGGUGACAUUUGGAGUUCCUUCGAUGAGGUUGAGCUGGCAGAGCUCAGGCGCGUGAUUGGCACCGGAACCAGUGCUGUCGGUGAACACAUGGAGGACAACUACUUUGCCCGAAUUCAAGAAUGCCUCAGUGAGACUUCGCAGAGCAGAAGAUCCGACCCUCCGGCGGAGAACGCUUCGCAGGCGCAGAGUGGAGAGCUGCCGGGUGAGUGGGCCUGGCAAUCGCAGCCGCCAACACCUGCAGAGACUGUCGCAAAUCAGGAGGCAGCUCCAGCAUGGAGCAGCCUAUCUCUGGAAGACCGAAAGCGAUUUGGUCUGGACGGUCAGGAUCUGCCUCCUUCACAGAGGUUAGAAGCAGCCGAGCUGAACCCUCAUCUGCCCACAGCAGUCUCAAGACAUGCCGUGAGUCAUCAUCCAGACGUACUGUGGGGAAACGCAGGAAUGCCGGGUCCUCCAACCAUGGCCAAGACCUUGGCACAGUUGGAGGCAGUUGGCAUGGCCUCCAACCUCUCGCGGCUUGAGGAGACGGAGCGAAAGCUUCAACGACUGAAGCUGGGAUGA